AUGGCGCUAAGUGCAGCCUGGAGCUGCGCCUUGGCGCUUAUUGCCACGCUCUGUGCGCUGCCCGCUGCCAUCGAGGCCGAGUAUCCCGGCGUUAUUGAGCUGGUGGGUUAUAGCAAUAGGCGGGCGCGCACCCACUUUAUGGAGAGUCCCACGUAUCCGACAUUGACGCCGCCCGCUUCGAAGACGCGCGCCGAUAUUGAAACCGUGAAGCGUAACAUGAAGAAAUAUGAUCGUUUGCUGGAGCUGGAUACCAAGAAUUUGCCGGAGCAGCAGAAGGACAUGCUGGCGCGGAUUGUGGAGCGUGUGGCGCGACUCAAGGAAACGCUGGACAUUGAGGAGCAGCAGCUGAUACAGCAGGAGGCCACCUCAGCGCGCAGCAGCAGCAGCAGCAGCACUCAACAACUGUCCACGGAGGAGGCGGAGCAGAGCACACUGCCCACGACAGGUUACACCGAGACCGAAACGGAUCCCACACUGCUGCUGGAUGAGACAACGCUGCUGGAGCUGCAGAACACAAUGAACGAGCAGGCAGCGCUGCAGGCCGAGGUGACGGCGCAAACAAUGCUGAUGAAGGAGCUGCCGACGACAACAGAUGUCAGCCUGGAUGCGCAGACCAACAGCAACGAGCUGGCGACAGGUGAGACUACGGCGCCCGCAUUGACUACACUCCUGGAGCAGUCCACAACGAGCGACAAUGCGCUCACCGAUGCCACCGAUGCGGAUGAUCAGUUUGUGGCGGCGCGUUCCAACAAUAAUAUUGCAGCAAUUACAGCUGCCGAUGCAGAGCCAGGCACCAGCAGCACCACCAGCAGCAGCGCCGGCAAUCAACGCACCUUGAGCACCCAGGGCAAGCACAAGCUGCGUCCGACCAAGCGACCCUUUGGGCACAAGGUGACCGCCGCCCUGAAGCGCGGUCCGCAGCGUCCGAGCAGCGUCAGCGCCGCGGCCGCAAAUGCAGCAGCACAAUCCAAGCCGCCGCCCAGCUCGGCAACAACAGCUGCCAACAAGCAAAAGCUGCAACAGAAGCUGGGCGCCACCAAGCAGCAGCAGCAGCAACAGCAGAAGGUGACCGCGGCCAGCUCAGCCAAUCCGGCGACCAUGACAACUGUCAACUCACAGGCGCCAGCGCUGCCGCUGGAGCAGCUGUACACGCGCACGCCGCAGGCAAAUAUACCGCUAGCAGCAGCUGGCAGCUCCUCAGCAGCAGCGGCAGCAGCAGCAACACCAGCAGCAGCUGCCACCUACAGCAGCAGCAGCAACAGCGGCGGCGCCUCCCCGGAUGCCAUGGUCUAUGAUGCGCAUGUGAAUGCCUCGGCGCUGAUAGACAGCCUCAAUACGCAUGCGCGCGAGGAGUACUACCAGCAGAAGCUCAACGGCGGCAACAACAACAAGGAUAAUAAGAAGACGGCGACAGCGAAACCAACCAAAUAUCAUUAUUAUCCGCACAAUCAACACAUCUAUCUGCUGCCCGAAUGCGCCAUACAGCAGGUCUGCAAUGCGGUCUAUGUGCGGCUCAACUAUACCCAACCGCUCUGCGCCUGUCCAUCAAGAUAUCGUGAUCCCUGCUCGGCCAGCCUCAACGAAGAUGAUCAGCACACCACCAAAUUGGUCGGUGAUAAUAAGAAGAAGGCAAUUACGCUGGCCAAAACCUGCGAGGCAACAACUGAAAUGCGCGAAUGUCGCUCGCCCAAGGAUUGGUCCCUGCUGGCGCUGCAAAAUACACGCACCGGUAAAUCGCACUAUCUCGUCAUCUGCCGCUGUCCCGAUCACUUCAAGAUGGAGGGACCCAUGGCUCAUGAUCAGCCCACCUAUGCGAGCGUGCCCGGAAUUCGUGUAUUCGGCAUGAUGUGCGUCAAGCCGGGCUACUCUGUGCGCAAGCCCAGCGUCCAGCCGCCCAAGCGCUAUCAGCUGCAGAAGCCCUUCUAUCGCCCGGGCAGCACACUUGGCGCCCAAAAGGACAGCUAUGGCAGGCCCGUUUAUGGCGGCUCAUCGGGCAGCCAGGUGGGCAGCUCGGCCAUAAGCGCCAACUAUCACCCGCAGGAUCAAACGUACCAGAACGGCGCCGGCGGCGGCGCCGGGAGCAGCUCGUAUCAGUAUCUGAAUCGACCGGAGAGCUCGCAUACGCACAGUUCGCCCAAUUUCCGACCGGAUCAGUUUACGCUCAACGGUUUUCCGGGCAGCAACUACGGACGAAACAAUGAGAGACGCGGCGAGGCGCCGCCAAUUGAGGCGGCCGCCGAGGAACGCGAACAGCUGCCCAGCAGCAGUACACAGGCCAGCGAUGAGGCGGAGGCGCGCACCACGCUCCAAGCAGACGCCAAUCUGGAGCGGAGCGAGCCGCCGACGGCGGAGCUAACAACGCCGCCGGAGGCGAGCCGUGCCAAGCGAUCGCUGGACACGCUGGACGACUAUGAGCCCGAGUUUCCCUGGGAUCGUGUGCUGGAGUUUCAACAGACCAUUGUCUGGGAUUAG